AUGGAUGCCGUCUCGCCGCUGCUCUCGCACAAACGUCGCGCGAAGCUCGAGACAUUGAUCCUGUGGGACAAUCAACUCGGCGCAUCGCUCGGGGAUGCGCUCGUGUCGGCGGGGAGUUGGCCAAACCUGCAUCGUCUGGACAUCGGCUCGAACAACCUGCGCGGCGAGGGGCUCGAGAAGCUAGCGCUCCUCGCCGCACCGAAGCUCGAGAUCUUGCAGCUCGAUUGGAACGCGUUUCCGCCCGGCGAUCAGAGCGCGCGCUGGUUGAGCGAGGGGAGCGAGCGUUGGCCGCGAUUGAAGAAGUUGUAUAUGGGAAGCAACGGGCUCGACAGCGCGAGCGUGAAGGUGUUGUCACAAGCAUCUUCGCUGCAAGGAUUGGAGGCGCUCUCCCUGGAGAAUAACCCGCUCGAUGACGACGCGCUCGAAGCGUUGGUGAAGUCACCAGUUUUGGCCAACCUGAAGGAGCUCAAGCUCUCGCGCACGGGAAUCACUGGCGAGGGUUGCGCACACUUCGAGCAGGCCAGCUUCGCGGGGUUGGAGCUGUUGGAUAUCGGACGCAACGCUGUGGGGCCAGCCUGCGCGAGGUCGAUCGCGCGAGCGCCAUUUAUGCCGACGCUCGCUGCGCUGAUCGCGCCGGGGAGCAGGUGGGAGACCACGGCGAUCGAGGCGCUCACACAGCCAGGGCUCUUCCCGACGCUCCACGCGCUCAAUCUGGCGAGUAACGAGCUGACUGGCGAGGACUGUAUGAAGCUCGCCAAGCAUGAUGCGUGGUCCAGGCUACGCUCGCUUUCGCUGCAAAAGAACCCGCUGGGAGACGCCUGCCCGAAGGCGCUGGCGCGAAUGCCUGUGAAGUUCGAUCACCUGAUCCUCGCACACUCCGAGAUGACGGAUAUGGGAUUCCAAGCGCUUGUGGCUGGCGAUAGCGUCAGUGAAGCGAGCAAGCUCGAGGUUGGCUGGAACGCGCUGACUGCCGAAAGCGCCGCAGCUCUGGUCAACGCGGCAUGUUCGAAAGGUCUCGAGAACCUCUCGCUCGAAGGCAACACGUUGGAGCACGCCGGGCUAAAGGUCUUGCUUCAGGAGCACGAGAUGAAGCUCGAAGAGUUCGAAGGUAUCUUGCUAAAGAGUUUGGAAGAUGGGCGGAUCAGCCGCAGCGAGCGCAAGGCGAUCCGGGCCCGGAUCGACGAGGCGGAGCCAACCCCCGAGCAGCUCGCGCAGUUUCGCGCCAAGGCGUUCGAGAUCGCCAGUGAGGCCGCCACCCGCGGCGUCACUGGUUGGCUCGAGGACGUGAUCAAGAUACUGCUCCCCUCGCCGCCCCCACGUUCCGAAAUGCGCGCGUUCUUUAGCCCUGGCGAGACAUGUCGCGCGGCGAUCGUGGGUGCGAUCGAAGGUGCGAGGCGAAAGAUCGACAUCUGUGUCUUCACGAUCACGGACAACAAUAUCUCCAACGCCAUCAUCGAAGCUCACCGACGCGGGUUGAUGCUCCGCGUGAUCACGGACAACGACAAGUCCGAGGAUCGCGGCUCGGAUAUCGACCGCUUCAGGCGCGAGGGGAUCAACGUGCUGGUGGACGAGACCGACAAGCAUAUGCACCACAAGUUCGCGAUCUUCGACGGUGAGUAUGUGUUGACGGGUUCGUACAACUGGACGCGCUCGGCGGCCGAUUACAAUCAGGAGAACGUCGUCAUCACAGAUGACGAGGAGAUCAUCAGCGCGUUCGAGGAAGAGUUCGAGCGACUCUUCGUGCAGUUCUACUAA